AUGCCAAGGAAGGCUGCGGAAGAGGCAGCGCGACAAGCUGAAGAGGCAGAGCGAAGGAGGGCAGCGGAAGAGGCAGCCAGAAAGAAGGCAGCAGAAGAGGCAGCGAGGAGGAGAGCAGCAGAAGAGGCAGCGCGAAGGAAGGCAGAAGAGUCAGCGCGGAGGAAGGCUGCUGCAGAAGAGUCAGCGCGGAGGAAGGCAGCAGAAGAGGCAGCGCGAAGGAAGGCUGCAGAAGAAGCGCGGAGGAAGGCCGCAGAAGAGGCGGCGCGAAGGCAGGCUGCAGAAGAGGCAGCGCGGAGGAAGGCCGCGGAAGAGGCAGCGCAACAAGCUGAAGAGGUAGCGCGAAGGAAGGCUGCAGAAGAAGCGGCGCGGCAAGCUGAAGAAGCGGCACGGCAAGCUGAAGAGCGCAGAAGGGCCGCGGAAGAGGCAGCACGACAAGCUGAAGAGCUGGCGCGAAAGAAGGCUGCCGAAGAGGCAGCCCGACAAGCAGACCAAGAGGCGCGACGGGUCGCAGAGGAGGCUGCGAGGGCAAGGGAGGAGAAAAGGAUCGAAGAGAUCGUCGAAGCAAAGCCCGUUCCGGCUCAGGCUCGCCCCCCGGGGGGUGUUUUCAGCAAGGAGGCUUUGGUCUCGACUUGGAUGGAUACAGCAGUGGCUGCCGUUUUCUUUGGGUGUCGGCAGGCAAAGCGAAAGACAAAUCAUCGCGAGGAAUCAAGGCACAGCCGGCGAAAGGCGUCAUCCAUGGCGCCUCCGCCCGUGCCCUCAAGGGCCAAAGCAAAGGCAUCGCGGAAGCGGAAGGCGGAGCCCAAGUCUCCACCGCCUCGGCGAGCCUUGGAGCCCGACAGCCCAUCGCCUGGGAAAAAGCCGGGAUUCGUCAGGGGCGCUCGUGUUCGGAUUCUGUCCAACAACGACAACAGGGGCGAGACAGGAAUCCUUGGCCAGUACGACAUGGACAAAGAUCUGUGGGAGGUCACCGGAGAAUUUGGCACUGAGUGGUUUGACUCGGACAGCCUUGCGUUCUUCGUGGCCAAGCGACCCGGCCAGGUCUACUUGGAGGAUGAGGACUGA